CCAUCUGAGUUGUAGGCUAUAUUCUCUGGAGUUAUGUUUCGGUUUAACAUUAUACCUUUGCAUCUUCAUGAUAACGUAUUUAAUAGCAUAUUUAGUGUAUGUCCUUGCAUGAAAAUGAACCCGUUCGAAUCUGACCGAGAGAGUAUAUCAUAAACGUGCUGUGUUUGUUGUAGGAAGUAAGGGGGUGUAUUGUCAGCAGGCUACUUUUGAAUGGGAAAUGAAGAUAGAUUUGUUCCUCUGUCACCCUCAUGUUUUCUGGCUGUAGAACGGUUCUGUGUGCUGAAAGAGUCCUUCACCUGUGCUGCCCCUACAACCCAGUCCCCAUCAAGAGACCUCUGGCUGACUCCACCUUCUCUUUCUAUCAGUUAUUUUCUUCCUCGUUGUUCCCCCAUCGCACACUUUCCUUUAGUCGUCAGCAGCAUCCCUCCCUUCAUUCUUCAGCCUCUUCCCAUCCCUGUCCACAUCAUCGUCUUCCUCCCUCUUCCUCCGGAACCCCUCGCCACUCUUUCAUCCCUCGUUCUCUCUCUUCUUCUGUCCGUCCCGCUGGAGUGAUGGAUCUGAAGGAAGUUCUGGAUGUUCUGGAGCAGCUCGCUCCGCUCUCGUUGGCCGAGUCGUGGGAUAACGUUGGCUUAUUGGUGGAGCCCAGCAAACCCCGUCCAAUCAAAACCAUCCUGCUGACCAAUGACCUCACAAUGCCAGUCAUGGACGAGGCGGAGGCCAUGGAUUGUGACCUCAUCAUCUCUUACCACCCGCCACUUUUUCAGCCAAUGAAGCGCUUGGUGCAGAAAGACUGGAAGCAGCGAUUGGCUGUGAGAGCAGUGGAGAAUGGGAUGGCCGUCUACGCUCCUCACACCUCGUGGGACAGCAUCAAGGGCGGGGUCAAUGAUUGGCUGAUCGGAGGAAUGGGUAGUGGGAGUGUGUCUGUGCUGAGUCAGGCCCUCUCCAGCGCCCCCCAGAGGCACAAGCUGGAGUUCUGCGUUAGGAAUCAAGAGCAGCUCAACGUCAUCAUGGCCGACCUGAGAGAGACGGAGACCAGCAACCUACAGCACCACACCACUGUUAGGUCAGAGCCUGAUGGCUACCAUGUGAGUGUGACCUGUGCUGCCUCAGCGCUGACCCCCUGUGUUCAGAUGCUGGUAGGACAUGCAGCAGUGAGCCCCAGCCUGAGCAUCACACAGCUGCAGCCGGCGCCCCUCCUGGGCUGUGGGCAGGGACGGAUGUGUGUCCUGGAUGAGCCCGUAACCGUGGCGAUGGCGGUCCAGCGGAUGAAAUCUCACCUGGGUCUGCCUCACCUGAGGCUGGCGCUCGGGCAUCAGAGAACCACAGAGUCCUCUGUGAGCACAGUAGCAGUGUGUGCGGGGUCAGGAGCAUCUGUGCUACAAGGAGUUAAAGCAGACCUGUACAUCACAGGUGAGAUGUCUCACCACGAGGUCCUGGAUGCUGUCGCCAAGGGAACCAGUGUGAUCCUCAGUGACCACAGUAACAGUGAACGUGGUUUCCUGGCGAUGUUCAAAGAGAGGCUGACCAUCCGCUUGCCAGAGUCUGUAACCGUGGCAAUCUCCAAGAGUGACAGAGACCCCCUUGAGGUUGUUUGACCAAUCAGAGCCUGAGUUGAUGACACCAGUUGCAGAGAACUAACUGACUUCCAACAGUUCAUCAGGGACGGUGUCUUUCCUUUUGGAUGACGUUACUUAGAUGACUGUAUGUCAAAUGUGUGUUUGAACACAAAUGUGUGUUUGUUUAUGUGUUUCUCAUGCACACUAAUAAACUAGGAAUCAUAA